AUGUGGAGAGCGAUUCUCUCAUCACCCUGUUCUCCUGUGAGGCUGUGCUGUGAGACCCAGGGAGGCAGAAGAGGCUUGAGCCCACCUCCCACCGACCCCCAACACACUGAGGCCUGGAGCUAUGCCUCUGAAUGGCAGUUUAUCUUGGGUAUGGGGAUGCCUCCUGCUGAUGCAGUUGCCCUGGGGAGAGGUGACGUGGCCACCAGAGAGCUGAUUGGCACUGGGGGACCUAGGGUUCAGCUGCCAAGAGUGGUGACCCGGGAGACGCUGGCUUCUGGCUAUAAUGCCCUCCUCUCACCCUCCCUUUGGUUCUCAGCUUUGAAGCUGCAGGCCCCUGAGAAGAGCUUCCUGGGGAGGGGGCCGCCAGCUGCUCUGUGGGUGCCAGCAAUGUAG